AUGGAGGUUUAUAUCACAGUGUGGCAAUUAGUACUGUUCUCUAUAAUAGCUUUAUCCGCCAAUUUUGAUUACGGAUUCUCCUCAACGUAUUUGAACAAUCCAGUUGAUCAGUUCAAAAUCUAUUUGAAUGAAUCUUGGCAUCGACGUGGACAUCAAAUGUACGAUUCAACUUAUAAUUGGAUAUGGAACCUAAUACUAAACAUCUGGUUCGUUGGCUUCUUUCUUGGGAUCUGGGCUAGUCCUUUAUUAAAUGACCGUUUCGGACGUCGAGUUGGCUAUAUUGUCGGUAAUGGAUUUGCUUUUGUUGGAUCAGUUUUAAGAUACUUGGGUAUUCUGUUAUAUCUUCCUGAAAUGCUUCUUGCUGGUCGAUUUCUCACCUCCAUAUGUAUAGCUAUCACAUACCAAUCGUGCAUUCUAUUUCUUCAGGAAUGCUCACCAACACAUUUACGAGGUUUUUUAUCAUUUUUAUCUGAAAUCUCAUUCGCUGUCAUGUGUCUGAUUGGAGCGAUGCUUGGAACAGAACAACUACUGGCGAAUCAUCUUCAGAUACUGCUUCUGGUGCCAGUACCACUAUGUUUCUUCUUCUUUGUUGUUCUGUUCUUCAUACAUGAGACUCCGAAGUUUCUUCUGAUUGUACGCAAAGAUCGAGAAAGAGCUGAGAAAUCAGUUUUAUUCUAUCACGGGGAGCAUGCGAAUGUUCGAAACAUCUUGAAUGAAAUAGUAUUGGAAUCAGAAAGCCAGGAGGAAGCUGAUAACAGUUGGUUAACUCUGAAGGAGAUCUUGACUACAAAACACCUGCGAGACGCAACAAUCUUGAGUUGUUGUGCUUUACAGAAUACAAUUGCUUUAUGGUCUCUAUUACUUUCAUCAACUUACUUUCUGAAACAGGCAAAUGUAAACUCGAACGUGGCUGCUUGGAGUAGUACGUCUAUGACGCUUGCUUAUGUAGUUGGCACAUUGAUCGGAUCAGCUCUAAUAGAGAAAGUUGGUAGACGAGGACUUCUGUUGUUCUUCAUAUUCUGCAAUAAUUUGUUCCUUGUUAUGUUUGUUAUCUGCUCGCAGCUGCAAGUGAAGAUUGGUUUUCUGAGAAAUGGAUGUCUGUUCUCCUUGAUUGCCUAUGGAUUUACAUAUGGCGCUGGUGUCGGACCUAUUUCGUGGUUCAUCUCUUCUGAACUGGUACCGCAGAAAUAUCGCAGCAUGACCCAAUCACUGUGCUAUGCGAUCAACACCAUAUUCGUUGUGAUAACGACGUUUUCUAUUCUGCCUUUAUAUAAUCUGAUAAGUUCUUACUCAUUCCUAGCCCUCUAUACAGUUCCGAACCUCUUCUGUUUGGUCCAUCUCUACCGGAAGCUACCCGAGACACGAGGACGAGAGAUUCACGACAUUGUUUCCGAGUUGAAAGGAAAAAUUUGA